GCACUACUUUUUCUGGCCCUCAUACCAGACGGGAUCCAUACGUUGGAUAUUUAGGUCAUUGGAUGAGAGGGAUGAUUCUUUUCAACCCUCCAAAAGGAUGAGCUGCCUGGAGGAGCUGAUAAUGAUUUGUCAUGGUCCCUCAGAGAUAGGUGGCGAGGCUAGUGAGCAUGACCUGGCCUACUUCACCAACCUGUUGACACAGAUGCUCAAGGUGGAUCCCUCUGAGAGAAUCACUCCUCGAGGAAUCCUUGAGCAUCCAUUCAUCACAAUGAGCCACCUUCAGGACGCAUUCAAAAACGGACCCUAUGUGAAGUCCUGCAUGGACAUGAUGAGCGACUGCCAGGAUCAGAGCUUUCCCAGUGGAAAAGAUGGAGCAAAGACCACCCGCCAAACAUCCCUAAAUAAGCGGACCUCUACCAGCUCUGAUGGCAACUCCAGAUCACAGAAGAGGAAGAGACCAUAUUGA